AUGACAUCGACCUUAGUGGCGAGCAUUAAUGUUCAUUUUCUCCGGUGAAUGCCUAAGUUAUAUAGACUCAAACUCGCCCUGCGACAUCUACGCGCUCUCUAGUAUACUGCUGUCGCCAUGGAUAGCCGAUUUGAGCAUUUGGUGUAAAAGGGACAGCAAGAUAUAUGCCAUUUGUUUUUAUGACAAAAAGUACGUACAUUUCCAUUAAAGGCAACUUUACAAAGGCAACUAGGCUAUAGUGAACUGGUUGAUGUCGACUGCAAAGAGAUACUGCACUUUAUGCUAACGUCGAAGACUCAAUUGAUCUGUGUGAUGGAACUGCAGAACAACGAAAGAGAGCAAUAAACGAAUCCUUGCAGUCGAUUUAAGUUGAAUGACAAGUGAAAUGUAAUCAUGUCUUAAGCAAACGCGCACCUCCAUGGGAACGAGCAAAUGCCUACAUUAAGCGCUUCUGCUUAUGCUAAUGGCUUACACUGUUAGCUAUAGUCAUUUUUUUUUUAUAAACGAGCAUCUUUUGCAGAGCUAUUGCAAAACCUUGAACGACUUGGAUUAUACCAGUGAAUGAUAUAAUAGUGGCGGCAAUGGUGACAAGGAGUGCAAGGGCAUUUUGAGUUAGGCUUAGAG